AGACUGGUGAUUGAUAGUUUAAUGUUACGCGGAACUUCCCAUGGCAAUGAUAGCGACAAACUUGGCCAUCAUAUACCAUAUCUUGUGGACACUGUAAGGAUAGAUGAGAUUUUUCAAAAGGUUGUCAUCUUUCAUGUUAAACUUACGCUACUUGUGCAGAAAGUACUGUUGAGGAGAAAUUUGUUAGCUGGACAGCUAUCUAAACAAUUUUCUCCAUCUUGUACUCGGUAACUUGGACAUUGAUGUCUACAGAUGCGGCCAUCACGCAAAGGUUUAUCUUUAGGACAGCCGUAAUGACAUUCCUUGUUUUCCAAAUCGAGCCCUAAGCAUUCGUUUGAUUUCUUAGUUUGUUUCAUGUGUUGUCAAGACCAUUUGCUUACAUUGAUACGAAUUGCAUUGUGCCACACAAAGUCUUCCAUUCUUAAAUGGCUUCCAAGAUGGACAAGUCGAACGACAAAUUUUGUAAUCUUGGACGAUGUCAACAUAUGGCUGUGAUGUUGGGCAACUGGUAACACAGUUGCGAUCCGCAGUAAUAUAGGAAUCUGGUGGACCUAUACAACGAAAGAAUAUAUAUUUGAAAUUGAAUAAGGAAGAGACUUUUUCUCACAAGCUUUAACGCAUGUUUUUGCAGAAAUAAACAUGUCCUGGGAGCACUCAUUUGUGCACUGAAGACUCUCUGUAUCUAGAAAAUAGUCAGAGGGACAUUGUGGAUUGGUUUCGUUGGGUAGGAGAUUGCGUUUGGUUUCCAGGAUAUUUGUAGGAGGAGAAGAAGUAACUUUGUUGUCAGGUUGAAUUUCUCCUGAGAGCUCUGCUGCAAGAAGGAAUUCAACGAGCAAUAAAAUAGUGAUUGUUGCCAGUGCACCUGAAUAUUUGUU